CUUCAAUAAUAUAAAACACAAGUUGGACCCUACAAACAUGAUGCCAUCACAUUCCAGUGCAUACUCACUGUUACAAGAUCAAGAAAGAACACACAAGAAAAAACUAACCAACCCUCUUCCCACUUCCCAGAUUCAAAUCUAACUAAUAAAAAACAAAAACAAAAAAUCAAACACAAUUCUAUUCUAGAGAGAGAAAAGUUGGUGGUGGGUAGAGAGAGAGAGAGAGAGAGAGAGAGAGAUAAAAAAGUCAGAUGAAAAAGUGGGUUGAAGAAGAGAAGAAUCCACCACCCAAAAAGCAGCAAACUUUGGUGAAAAAGAUAGCAGCAUACCAAAGGGGUGAACAAUUCACACCUGUUUUGCCUUACCCUCUUCAGAUUACCAACUGUUGUGCGCAAGAUAGCAACGGUGGUGCGCAAGAUAGUCACUUUAUUAACAACCCUGAUUUGUACUUGACUGUUGCUUUGCCUCCUCAUGUUUCUGCUAGAAAGUUAGCUGCUUCUGUUUGGGAGCUUCAUCAGUAUAACCUGCCUUUUGCUAACAUGCACCAGGGUGGUGGCAGCAGGCGGAGCCACCGGUAUCUGCAGCCCAACCACCACCACCACCAUCAUCUGCUUGAGGAUAACCCUGAGCUGGGGAAUGCUGGCAGUUUGAGAAGGCAUGUUGCAGCAUCAUUGACGCAACAUCACCGCGCAAUACAAAGGACCCAUAACGCUGUACGAGCAGUGUCACCUUCAAGUUAUGGUAGUAGUUCCAUGGAGGUAGCACCUUAUAAUGCUGCUGUUACGCCUACGAGUUCUGUAGAGUUUAGGGGAGGAAACGGUGAGACGAGUUACACUCUCAAAACAUCUACAGAGCUACUCAAAGUUUUGAAUAGAAUUUGGAGCCUCGAAGAACAACACGCAGCGAAUAUAACCUUGGUUAAGGCGUUGAAACGUGAGCUAGACCUGGCCCGAUCAAAGAUCAAAGAACUGGCCCGUGACCGCCAAUCUGACCGCCAUGAGAUGGAACACUUGAUGAAGAAAAUAAACGAAGACAAACAAGGUCAUACUAAUGCAACCAUUCAGUCUGUGAGAGACGAGCUUGAAGGCGAGAGGAAAUUACGAAAACGGUCAGAGACACUUCACCGGAAACUGGCUCAGGAGCUUUACGAGACGAAAACGUCCCUCACGAAUGCUUUAAAAGACUUGGAAAAAGAGAAGAAAUCAAGGGUACUUUUGGAAGAUCUUUGUGACGAGUUCGCCUGGGGGAUUAAAAGCUAUGAACAAGAAUUGCACGCGUUGAAGCAUAUAAAUCCGGAUAGAGGUAACGGAUCGAACUUUAGAUCCACCCGUGAUGGAAUGAUUCUCCAUAUAUCCGAAUCUUGGCUCGAUCAGCGAAUGCAAAUGAAACAAGAAACGACACUUACUAAGAAAUCUGUAGUGGAACAAUUAAGCUCGGAAAUCGAGGCUUUUAUUGAAGCGAAACGGAAGGGUGCGCAAAAAGCCGGGUCAGGGUCAGUGUCGGUGGUGGGACCCACGGCCCGAAGACGGCAUUCUCUCGAGUCCAUUCCUACAAAUUUGGCUGCUAGUGCCCCACCUAAUGAUGACGACGAUGGUGUUUCUUCGGAUGGUGCCGAUUCACCUUGUUUUGAGCUAGAUAAACCUGAUGCGCGUGGCAAGGACGAUAUCGUAAAUACAACAACGAAGGCGAUAUUAGGUGAAGAACAUGGGAAAGCAGAAGAAAAUCACACAAAAGUAAAAGAAGAUGAGGUUGGUUUAAACUCCAAAUACUUGGAUAAUUUACUAAAAAACCAUUUCCUGCUAACCGCAAAGGAAUUCGACGAUUCUAAUAAUAAACCGGUUUGGAAAAGUCAUCCAAGUCCUGUUCGGAGAUGGACCACAACGCUACCGGAUGAAGAUAUUGAAUCGUCAUCAAAACUUCAAACCGAGUCAAAAGUGCAAACUACAUUGAAGUCAAAGCCACAUGAAGCAAGAACACGAGGUCAUAGAUCGGGCUCUCGUGCAAAAAAGUAACAAGAUAUGGUUCGUUACGUCACAUUUGAUCUGUUUUAUGUGUGCAUAUGUACAUGUUAUCAUACCAUUUCUUUCGGUUUCCAAGUUCCAACACAUAUAUAUCUUGUAUCGGUUUUACACGGGCUUUUAAAAUACCAAAUACACAUAAAGUUAGUUGUA